CUUCUUUUGGCUGUUUCUUUGUGAUUUCUUAAUCACUCAAACGUAUGAUGAAAAUGCACUAUACUACUUUACCAAAUGUUUUACUCUUAUAAAUUCACUCAUUCCUUUCUUCUAGAUCUCCCCCUUUCUUUCCCCUCCAACUUUUCAAUCGCCUCCUGUUAUUAUUCUUCUCAGUUAAGCAAAAUCCAAUUCCUUCUUCAAUGAACAAAAAAUCCACUUUCUUCGAUAUGAAACGAAGCCCUUCUGAAUUAGCCCUAGAGGAGUUCUUCAAGCAAGAUGAACAGAAAGUCGGUGCUCAUGAUAAUAAUAACAAUAUUCUUCACGGUGUUUUAAAUGGUAUUGAGAACCAUUUUCCGGUAAUCCAAAAGGAAACUCAAAAAAGUUUCCCUUUGGAUUCGCAAUCAUCGAUAUGCGUCGGAAGUCCGAUUUCCACAACCACUAAAUCAAAGUCGCGGGAUAAUUUCCAUCAGGCAAUACUCUUCGCGACGAGCGGUUCGUCGCCAGAUCAAUCGGACGACGACGAACUCGACAUCGAAGGCGGUCAGUGCGAGCAAAGCACGGACCCGGUCGACGUCAAGCGGAUCAAGAGAAUGGUGUCGAACCGGGAGUCGGCGAGGCGGUCGCGGAGGCGGAAACAAGCGCAUUUAGCGGAGCUGGAGCAACAAGUGGAGCAGUUGCGGGGCGAAAACGGCUCGCUGUUUAAGCAACUCACUGACGCUACUCAGCAGUAUAAGGACGCCGCGACAAAUAACCGGGUUCUGAAAUCCGACGUGGAAGCGUUGAGGGCGAAGGUCAAACUGGCAGAAGACAUGGUCGCACGUUGUUCGUUGACUUCGAGUUUGAGUCACAUUCUUCAAAACUGUUUGAACAACACUAAUAGUACUUUCAAUUGUAAUAACAUACGUCAAGGGAAUCAGAGUGAUGCUGGGCUGUUUCAUCCUCAGUUAGGAAUUACGGGUGGUCGGAGUAAUAAUAAUUCCGGCACCGUCGGUCUCGAAUCGGCCGGUAACUUUGAUAGGAGUAAUAAUGGUAUUGGAAGCGAGGCUAUAAGCUGCAUGACGGAGAUUUGGCCGUGGGAAUCUUCUUCUGUAAGAAAAUAAAAUUAAUUGAUUUAAGUCGUUUAAUUUAUUAGUUUCUGGCAGGUUAAUCUUUUGUCUCUCAAAAGGUGGAUCUCUUCAGUUUAAUUUGUGAUGGAGGUCUUAUACCAUAUUCUAUAUGCGUAGAGCAUAUCAUCGUAUAAUGCUUUCUGGGUUUUCGUAAAAAAGUAUUUUUUUUCUCUGAAUUUUAUGGUUCCUUUUGCGCAACUUAUUACUAUUAUUUUCUCUGAAAUAAAUUAUUACUAGUAUCAUUACAGACUACGGCGGGCAGGCGUCAUCAAUAUAUAGAUCGUGUUUCAUUUUCUAUAUUCUUUUUGAAAAUACUAUCUCCACUC